AUGUCUGACAUAAGAAAGAUCUCGACACCCAUCAUCAGCUCCAGCCUUAUCGUUGGUGGUUGCGGGUUCCUCGGCUUCCAUCUCGUUCGCCAGCUAAUGCAAGAUGACGAAAGCGGUGAGGUUUACGUUCUGGACCGCGACAUAUCCAGAAACCGACACGAAAAUGUGUCAUACAUUAAAGGAGAUAUCUCUGAUGGUGGAUUUGUGCGACGUGUAGUCAACGAGAUUCGACCUACUGUCAUUUUUCACUGCGCUUCUCCCUUCGCAGCGUUGCCUAUGAGCCGUGAAGGCGAAUUUUACGCGACAAACGUCAAGGGUACUGAAGCCCUGCUUACGGCAGCCUCCGAAUGCGAUGCUGUUCAGGCAUUCGUCUUUACUUCUAGCGUGGACGCGUAUGCCAACCCGCCUCAUACAAAUGCUGACGAGACGUAUCCUCUUUGGUCACCCGACGACAAGUCGAAUGAGUACAAUCGGACAAAAGCGAUUGGCGAUUGUCUAGUCAGGAAAGCUAAUAGCCCACGGCUACGCACCGUCACUCUACGGCCUGGUCACGCCUAUGGAGAGAGACAUGUUCAAGGCAUGGUUGAAGUUCUUGAUAUGUGCAAGAACAAGAAGCUCGUGCAGAUCGGAGACGGGAAGAAUCUCAUGGAAGUCGUAUCCGGAGAGAACAAUGCGAUAGCACAUAUUCUCGCUGCAAAAGCUCUUCUAGACCCAAGUCAGGCAUCUGGCAAAGUCGAUGGAGAAGCCUUCAAUGUUUCCGAUGGAGCUCCAGUGCCGUUUUGGCAUCAUACAAGAGUUAUCUGGAAAACAGCAAGAGGUGAAGAUGUCUCCAAGGAUAUCAUAGUUCUUCCUGCUUGGGUCAUGAUAGUGGCUGUCAUUUUGGCGGAGUGGCUAUUCUGGAUAUUCACUCUCAAUACGGCUAAGCCUCCAGUUGAGCUACGGAGAGUCUCGCUUGAGUAUUGCGUCUACACACAUACUUAUAGCAUUGAAAAGGCUAGGAAGUGA